AUGUCGAGCUCAGCAGGCUCAGGUGCCAUCUCGAUGCAGCAAAAGUCGAAUGGGCGCCCUAGUCCCUCCUUCACUGCUCAGUCCCCAGUGCAAAGCGCACUUGGCACCACUCCAGGAGGGACCAAGAUCACCUACACCCGCGCCGAACUACUGGCUCUGUCCACUUCGCCCAUCUCUACAUCACGCGCAGCGCAUCUGAGCACAGCGGGGUUGCCGGCCGAGAUCUCGCGUUCCCCUGUGGAGCGCAAAGAGGUGCUGGCGGGCCUGAAUGGAGGCGCGGAUGAAGGAGUCGGGAGUGGACAGAUAUCAAUGCCGCACCUAAGUGAGAUGAGAGAGCAUUCCAAAACCGGACAGACUUCCUUGCAGACGGCUCCCAUGAUGGAGAAGCGCACGACUGCAGACGAACAGUUUGUCAUGGACCCUUGA